AUGAACGGCCACUAUAACAACACUAUUCAAGAUCGCGAAGAAAAAUCAAGUUCAUUGUUCCACAAGGCAUCAAGCUCGGAGGAUUGUGUUGGCAUCGGCGAUGCGGUAGUCAGGCAACUCAGCACAGGUCACAGGUCGUUUUCUAUUGAUUUGCGCCAAGUCAACCAUUAUACCUACGGAAUCUCUGACACCAUACGCAUAGUAUUCGGAGCCAAUCAAAUGCCACCCCCUUCACGCCGAGUUACUUCGGCUGCUGUGAGAGGAAUGGAGCAGAUGGACUUGGCAAUCGUGUUUUCAGGCACUCAGACUCCAAUGAUCAGCUACAGACACCACCCAUGUAUGCCACUCCCGCAACUUCCAACCGAAAAACAAGGCAAAAAAUGA